GGGCCUGACUUGGGUCAUAUGACUGAGCGGCGCUAGAGAGAAGCCGUAGCCGGACAUCUCUCACUCUCCACCGCGCAGACUUCACUUAGUGCAGCCGAAUAAGCGUAACCCUCCCGCCGGCCACAGUCUCUGUAACUGAUCCGAAGAUGGCAACCCUGUUGGCGAACCGGCCGGUGGAUCUGAACGGGCCUGAAGCUGCGGCGCGUCAGCACGCUGAGGCGGUGAAGAGAAACUACAUCUCCCAGCCCAGACUCACGUACACCACUGUGUCGGGUGUUAACGGCCCCCUGGUCAUUUUGGACAAUGUCAAAUUUCCUCGUUAUGCUGAGAUCGUCCACCUCACUUUGCCAGAUGGUACCAGGAGGAGUGGUCAGGUCCUGGAGGUGAUCGGCAGUAAGGCUGUAGUUCAGGUGUUUGAAGGGACCUCAGGGAUUGAUGCUAAGAAGACUGCAUGCGAGUUCACAGGUGACAUUCUGCGCACGCCUGUAUCUGAAGACAUGCUGGGACGUGUCUUCAAUGGCUCCGGUAAACCCAUUGACCGCGGCCCCAUCGUGCUGGCUGAGGAUUACCUAGACAUCAUGGGCCAGCCCAUCAACCCUCAGUGCCGUAUCUAUCCAGAGGAGAUGAUCCAGACUGGCAUCUCGGCCAUCGACGGCAUGAACAGCAUCGCCAGAGGACAGAAAAUUCCCAUCUUCUCUGCUGCUGGACUUCCACAUAAUGAGAUUGCUGCUCAGAUCUGUCGUCAGGCUGGUUUGGUACAGAAGUCGAAGGAUGUCAUGGAUUACAGUGCUGACAACUUCGCCAUCGUCUUUGCUGCUAUGGGAGUCAACAUGGAGACUGCCCGUUUCUUCAAGUCAGAUUUCGAGGAGAAUGGAUCCAUGGACAACGUCUGUCUGUUCCUCAAUCUGGCCAACGACCCCACUAUUGAACGCAUCAUCACACCACGUCUGGCGCUGACCUCAGCCGAGUAUCUGGCCUAUCAGUGUGAGAAGCAUGUGCUGGUCAUCCUGACGGACAUGAGCUCCUACGCCGAGGCUCUGAGAGAGGUGUCUGCCGCUCGUGAGGAGGUGCCGGGUCGCCGUGGUUUCCCCGGUUACAUGUACACGGAUCUUGCCACCAUCUACGAGAGAGCUGGGAGGGUGGAGGGCCGAAAUGGAUCAAUCACGCAGAUUCCCAUCCUCACCAUGCCGAAUGACGAUAUCACUCAUCCCAUCCCUGAUCUGACGGGUUACAUCACAGAGGGUCAAGUUUACGUGGACAGGCAGCUGCAUAACAGACAGAUAUAUCCCCCCAUCAACGUGCUGCCCUCCCUGUCUCGUCUGAUGAAGUCUGCCAUCGGAGAGGGAAUGACCCGCAAAGACCACGCAGACGUCUCUAACCAGCUGUAUGCUUGCUACGCUAUCGGUAAAGACGUGCAGGCGAUGAAGGCCGUGGUGGGGGAAGAAGCUUUGACCUCUGAUGACCUUCUGUAUCUGGAGUUCCUGCAGAAGUUUGAGAAGAACUUUAUUGCCCAAGGUCCCUAUGAUAACAGGACGGUGUUUGAGACUCUGGACAUUGGCUGGCAGCUGCUGCGUAUCUUCCCUAAAGAAAUGCUGAAGAGAAUCCCUCAGAGCACGCUGGCUGAGUUUUACCCAAGAGAGUCUGCUGCGCGUCACGGAACCUCUUAACCCUUGAGCUGAAAGGGCAUAGGUCACGUGAUCUGCACGUCCCCUCACCCGUCUCACGUCUGGCACCUGCGUCCACCUCCACCUCAGAGAACAAAGUACUGUAAUGCUUUAGAUAUGGGGGCCUAAUUCAGGACUUUAUAAAGCAUUAACCUCUUAAACUGCAGCUUAAUCUGAACACUGAGUAAUCUGAAUUAUUCAGGGCUUUGCAGUAUAAAGGGUUAAUAAAGUGCUCGCUAUUUGGUGCUGAAGCAUGGUUAUAGAAGUCCUUGUAUUUUGCCCCUUUAAAUAAAGCGUUAAACAAAGUUUAAAAAGUUCUAUACCCUGUAGAUUUGCUGUGUGUGUCAGGAUGUGUUUGUGUGGGUCGAAUACAUAACUGUGAUUAGCCUACUGUAGUGUCUGUCUAUUUUUGUGUUGAUUUAGUUUGUUGGUACUUUCUCCACAUGUGAACACGCCUUUAAAUCAGUAGAAGAUGCAAAUGCUGGACCUUUUCCCCCUUUCUUGAGUCUAAAUGUUCUAAAUCAUUUGAGCUGAAAGGGAACAACGUGCUUGUCAUAGACCUCUGUAGUCAACGUCCCGCCAUAAAAGGAGCUCCCAAGGUAAGCCGUUCAUCUCUAUGGGGACUUUUUUUCAAGAUUGUUGCUGUAGUAAGCAAUAAAUGCUCUACAACUUUUGUCCUGUACAUUUUCCCCCAAAUGUUGUUGGAUCUUCCAAGUUAUGGGGGUUGUUUAGCAGUCAAAUUAUGAGUAAUGCCACAUGCAGGCUACAAGCUAGCACUCACAAGCUAGCACCCGAGAACUUAGGGAACUUCCACUCUGUAAUGUCUUCCAGGUUUCUGAAAGACUAGAGGGUGAGUAAGUCCAAAAUGAAUAGGUGAAGAUGGAGCAUUUGAGUAAGAUCAUAGUUUCUAAAUUAUUAAACAUUUUAGUAUAAAAAGAUACAGUCACUGCCAGAACACAGAACAGCAUAAAACAGUUUAACACCGCUGUUAUAUUUUCAAGUUAGACGUUUAAAACGGCACCUCAUGUGCGUUGGUGAUGUCAGUAAGUGCGAACAGCCAGUGAGACACAGUCAGUAGCAGCAAUACCAGCGUUCUGCUGCCCAAAACCUUUUUGCUGUAGAAAAAGGAAAAAUACAGGCAAGUUUUCAUUGCUUUUUUUAGUGAAAUAUAUCUUAUUUUCUAAAAUGAGAAAAAGAAAGUUCAGGGUGAGUGAUUAGAAACCAUAGAGGACUUGUUUGUGGGUGCCCUCUGCUAUUUUACAGUCAUGUUUUUUGACAUAACGGGGGAAAUAGGAAGAGGCCGGACUCCUCAUAAACUGGCCCUGCUAACACUCAAAAGCUAACUCUGAAAGUAAGCCUGCUAUUGAACUUCAACACUGUUAUACACAAACGCCAAGCUGUGGCCUAAAACUGCCAAAGCAGCCCACCAAAUUUUACAAAGCUUGCUUGUUUGCUGGUAUUUUAGCAAGGUUGCUAAUGUUAUGGUAUCAGGUCAGUGUUUAUUAGUCUUAGUCUGCAUGUAACCAAGUUUCAGCUCCGUACGUAAUGACCUGACGAUACAAAGGAUUCAGCGACAUAUGGUGGAAAAACUCCUGAACUGAUGGCAAAACAUUAUUUUUGUUUGUGAUAUUUUGUUCAAUGCAGGGUUUGAAAGUGGCAAUUUCCAAAAACACCAUUCAUUUUUCCCCAUUGAGAAAAUUGGUUUAAACCUGGAGCUCCUUAUAUGGCUAUGUUCUUUCUCCUUGAGAGUCAUGUCUAAGAUCUAAUCUCUUGUCUCCUGUUCUGUUUUACGAUAUCACCAGUCAUUAAAACCUCAUCAAUCAUUUUCAUUUUUUUAAAAAUGCAGUUUGAAAACACCAGCUGCCCUUUACAUUGUGUAAACAUUUCAUGAUGGAUGGAUCAAAAGUAAUGGUCCAAAAUUACUACUAAUAUCUCUGUACAUUAAAAGUUCUGUUACCAUUUUGGAGAUAUGAGGUUUUAUGACGGCGACAAAUGUAUUUAUUUACUGUCGACAUUCCUGAAGGCAGUCUGUGUUGUUUUACGUCAGCUGAAAGGUGAUGCAGUCGAUGAAAAUGACUUGUGUAUUUUAAAUUUCCCAUAAUUCAUCCCCAGAUAGUGGAUUUAAGACCACAUAAAUCAUUAUUUAUGAUUUAUUAUUUACUGAUGCUAGCUUUCCUCUUACUGAUGAUCUAAGGUGUUUGUAAACAGACAUUCUCAGUUCCAGUUCUAGACAUUUUUUAGUUCUCCCUACUCUGUUAGAACGUGGAGAAUAUAAAAGCAUGCGGUGCAUGUAGAGAACAGCACAGGUCUAUUAAAUUCACAAGUCCAUCAGUACAUUCCCAUUGGCUGCGAGCUGUUCGUUAAAUGAACAUAGAUGUUUACAAUUUUGUGUUUUUGGAGUGUGAUGUGUGCUGUGAUCUCCAAGAUAUCGAUCAUCCCCCUUCCACCUUCGUCAUGGUCACAUCUUUGUGUACACAAAGUCUAUUUCUGUCUUGAUUUACAAAUGAAUUAAAUUAUAUUAUUCUCCUGA